AUGUGCAACGCAUCUAACUAUGCGGUAGGAGCGGCACUUACUCAGCGCGAAGGUAAUGAUCCCUAUAUCAUAGUUUAUGCUUCUAAGAUAUUAGAUGAUGUAGAACACAAGGCUUAUUGGGCUGUGAAGGAAUGUAACUCAGGAUUGGGAGGAGCCGGAGUUGAAAGAAAAUUGCAACUGGAAGAAUUGGAGUGCAUUCGGUUAGAGGCUUAUGAAAACUCAAGGCUCUACAAAGAAAAGGUGAAGCCAGUACAUGAUCAGAACAUCAAGAGAAGAGAGUUUAGAGCUGGGGAUCGAGUCCUUAUCUAUAACUCAAGGUUGAGAUUAAUGUCGGGAAAACUGAGGUCAAGGUGGGAUGGUCCCUACGUGGUGGAGAAGGUCAAACCGUAUGGAGUUUUCCACUUGAGUCACCCCUCAAGCCCUACCUUCUUCAAGACCAAUGGCCACCGUUUGAAACUCUAUCAUGGUGUGAAGGUGAAGAACAACAAGGAGCUGAAGAUAUUUCUCUUGAAAAACCCGGCCAAGGAAGAGGACUGA